CGCCCCUCGCCCCCUCGCCCGCCCUCAGCCCCCUUUCCCGCGUCGCGACGCACACCGCUCUGCGAACGCCGCUUCGCUGAGGUGCGCGGUGCACGGUGCGGGUCGGGCCUUGAGGUGGACGGAGGCGAAGCCGAGAUGAGUGAUUCCUGGAGGCAGUGAAGGGCACGGCCUGGCACUCGUGAUUCCUCAAGGAUCGGCCUAGCAGCGGGGUAGUAGGAAAAAAAUGAAGCCAACAGGCACAGACCCAAGGAUCUUGUCUUUAGCUGCUGAAGUAGCGAAAAGUCCUGAACAAAAUGUUCCUGUUAUAUUGUUGAAGUUAAAAGAAAUAAUAAACAACACCCCUUUGGGAAGCUCAGAGUUGAAGAAAGUGAAACAAGAUAUAUAUUGUUAUGACCUCAUUCAGUAUUGUCUAUUGGUCCUCAGUCAAGAUUGUUCUCGAAUCCAGGGUGGUUGGACUACAAUUUCCCAGCUUACACAGAUACUAAGCCAUUGCUGUGUGGGCUUAGAACCAGGAGAAGAUGGAGAAGAAUUUUACAAGGAAUUACUUCCAUCAGCUGUCGAAAAUUUUCUUAUCUUGGGGAGACGAUUACAAACAUGUUUCAUCAAUGCAGCUAAGGGUGAAGAAAAAGAUAAAUUACUACAUUUUUUCCAAAUUGUGACUGAUUCUCUCUUCUGGCUAUUGGGAGGUCAUACUCAACUCAUACAGAAUGUACUGCAGAGUGAUCAUUUCUUACACUUACUGCAAACUGACAAUGUUCAUAUAGGAGCUACAGUCAUGACUCUGCUACAGAAUAUACUACAGAUCAACAGUGGUGAUUUACUGAAAAUAGAAGGAAAAAUCCUGCAUUCUAUUUUAGAUGAAAUUCUUUUCAAGCUUUUAUCAACUCCUAGUCCAGUCUUAAGAAGUAUUGCUACAAAGCUCCUCCUAGUGCUAGCUGAAUCUCAUCAGGAAAUUUUGAUUUUACUGAGACUAAGUGCUUGCUACAAAGGACUCACAAGUCUGCUAAAUAAACAGGAAAAUAUGACAGAAUUUAGUCGAGAACUUAGACAGCUGGUUGGUCUUUUAACCCCUAAAGUCCAUCAGGAAGUAGAAGAACAGAAACUACAUAAAGCAGCUUGCUUGAUUCAAGCCUAUUGGAAAGGUUUCCAGACCAGAAAGAGAUUAAAGAAGCUUCCGUCUGCUGUGAUUGCUUUGCAGAGGAGUUUCAGAUCUAAACGAACAAAGGCAUUGUUGGAGCUAAAUAGGCAAAAAGAAGAAAAAGACCUCAGAUUAAGAUUGCAGCUUCAAAGACAGAGAGCCAUGAGGCUUUCCCGAGAGUCACGCUUGAGUAUGCUUGAAAUCGUUCAUCCAGGUCAACUGGAGAAGUACAAUAGGGAAAUGGAAGAGAAGUCAGCAUUGACUAUCCAGAAAUAUUGGAGAGGAUACAGGGAAAGGAAGAACUUCCGCCAACAGAGGCCAGCUCUCACAGAGUAUAAAGCAGCUGUUACACUUCAAAGAGCAGUUCUUAAAUUCCUAGCAAGGUGCCGUAAGAAAAAUAAACUAUUUGCCCCUUGGCAUGGACUACAAGAACUCACCGAUGAACGCAGAGCUGAAUUGAAGCAACAAGUGGAUGAUUAUAUCAGAAGACAUCCGGACUCUCAGAUGUCAGAAGUGGCCAGCAGAGAGCUCCACGCACAAGCACAAGAACGACUUCAGCACUAUUUUAUGGGAAGGGCCAUAGAAGAAAGAGCCCAGCAGCACAGAGAAGCUCUGAUGGCUCAGAUCAGCACCAAUAUUGAACAGAUGAUGAAGGCACCAAGUCUGAAGGAGGCAGAAGGAAAGGAACCUGAGCAUUUCCUAAGUAGAUCUAGGCCCGUGGCAGCCAAGGCCAAACAGGCCCAUCUCACCACCCUGAAGCACAUACAAGCACCUUGGUGGAAGAAGCUUGGAGAAGAACCAGGCGAUGAGAUUGAUGUUCCAAAGGAUGAUCUUAAUAUAGAAUUAGGAACUCUAUUUAUUGGUGGAACAAAACCCCCCUAGAAGAGGAUAACUGUGAAAAUUAGCAAUCUUACUUUUUAGGAGAUUGCUAGUUUUGCCUCUGGCAUGCUGGUAGAGCUACCAGUGGCUUUCCAGAGGAUGUUCUUCAUGUAACACUUGGAAACAACAAACAGAGCAUUGGCUACCUCGGUCCAAGUUCUUUCCCCUUUCUGUAUACCCUGUCUCAUUCUAUUCCCAAACAGAUUUGUGGGCUUUAUUGUGGGACAGAACUCAGUGUGAAAUUCUAUUGUUGACAUGAAAUAUGAAAUUUCUUUCAUUUUUGUUUUCUCACUAAAGGUUUUUUUUUAAUAAAUAUUGUGUUUCUGAAAAACCUGUCAGGAUUACUUCAACUUUUCACAUUUGUUAUUCAGAAUUUCCAUUAUUAUUAUUAUUAUUACUACCGUUGUAUUUUUUUUACCUUGACAAAGUUUAGAAAAAGGCAGUCAGUUAAAGGAUAUUUCAUUAUCUGAAAAAAACAGAAGCAGCAGAAGGAAACAGUAGGUUAUACUUUAUAUAUUGUAAAAAUAAUGUAUUUUAAAAUUAUUUUUAUGUGCAUCAGUGUUUGCCAGCAUGUGUGUCUGUGUGAGGGUGCUGGAUUCCUUGGAACCAGAGUUAGAAAAAGUUUGUGAGCUGCCAUGUGGAUGUUGUGAACUGAAACUGGGUCCUUUGGAAGAGCAGCCAGUCUUAAUCACUGAGUGUCUCUCUAGUCCCCUCCCCCCAAAUAAUGCAUUUUUUUGAAGCUGAGUCUCACUAUGUAGCUCUAGCUAGCCUUUAAUUCACAAGACCAGGCUGGCCUAUACUCACAGAGUUCUACCUGCAUCUGCCUCCCAAUACUGGGACUAGAGACAUGCCACCAUGCUUAGCUAUAUUUCCUUUUAGAAGUGAUAAUGGAAAAUAAGUUCAAUUACUGGGUUUUGUUUGGUUUGGUUUCCUUUUUCUUUCUUUUCUUUUUUUUUUUUUUUUUCUUUUUGAGUAUGAGAGUGGAGGUCAGUGUGUAAAACAUCCAGAAAAUAGUGUCAGAUUCCACCAGAGUUCAAGUUACAGGGGGCUGUGAGACACCAGACAGUGAUAUUCAGAACCCGACUUGGGUCCUCUGCAAGAGCAAGUGCUCUUAACGACUCAACUGUCUCCAACUGCUUACGCUGAUUUUCAAUAAAAUAACCUUUAGUUGGCCACUUUUUCUAAUCUAUAAAAUCAUAUGACUCAUUAGUAUAGAUUAUACUUGUGGUAUAUAUGGCAUACAUAUAUGUGAUAUAUUUACAUGCAACUUAUAUAUUAGACAAAUAUUUGAAUAAGUUUUAAGUUGAAGAUACAUCUAGAAAUACAUCUGGAUAACAAACAAAGCCAUAGGAAAGUUUUGGGAUGUCUGUAUUUGGCAUAAAAGAAGAUGAAGGGGGGGCUUUGAGAAAAUAACUGUCAAGGGGAAACAGAACAGAGUAAGAGUAAAAAGACUGUCUUUUAAAAACUGUGUAUUCUUUCAUUCCUACAUGAUGCAAUGCAUUUUGAUCAUGAACACCCUCACUUUUUUAUUCCCCUCCCAGACCCUCUAAAAACUCCAGCGACCCCAGCUGUCUUUAAAAAACAACAAAACCACUGAGUUUAAUUUCGGGUUGCCUUAUGUGCAUGGGUGAGAGACUGUGUUUACUGAAUCGUGUAAUACUAAUGGUG